AACAAAUCCCAGAUCCGGUAUAGAAUUCCUCGCCUGCUGCUAAAGUCAGAAACUACCGCCAGUGCAUCAAACCUCGAACCUCAAUCAACCGCCAGCAAUAAAACAUCCACGCCCAACAUGAGCACCAACACAGCAUCCAUCAACGCCGGACAGGGCGCCGGAAACACCUACCAGAACCCCAACAUAAACCCUUCGACUUCGCAAGGCGUCGGCGCCGGCGCCGGGUCCAUGAACCUGGGGCAGCAGCGCCUCGGCGGCGACAGCACGAACCCCGACGGCGCCUCCCGCGGCACCACGACGCAGAACAGCACCAGCGCCACGCAGCUGGGGAGCUCCCUGGGGCAGGAGGCGAGCGGCACCGGUGCUGCGGCAACCAGCGGCGUCGGGGCAAACAGCUCGACCGUCGGUGGCGGUGACGCCCCGACGUCGCGGACGGGUGGUAUCGCUGGGCAGAUCAAGGGUGCUUUUGCCCAAGGACAUGGUGUCGGUGAGAUCCUGAGAGGAAAAGUCAACUCUGCAGUGGACACCAUGGCGGGUGACUCGCAGGGCAUGGCGAUAGACAAGCGCACGACCACUGCUGGAGAGAGGGAAUAUGCCAACAAGGAGUUUGCCAAGAAGAGUAGUAGUAGUAGUAGUAUUAUUUAACGCCGGGCUCGGCCCGGCUCAUUAGCCGGCCGUUAGCAACCUCCCGAGGGGUAUCUCGGCGCGCUUUCUAUUUUCU